CACUGAGAGGCAGAUCAUCCUUAUUGAUGACUUCCAUAACCGCGACGCGAGCUCCAAGUCCAACCACCCGUCAAGAAGAACGGCACCUCCUUGCUUUCUCUCUCCACCCGAAAUCCCCAACGCGUAACUAAUUAUCCUCACAUUCUCGAGAGUCGAGACUCCCUGACGACCAUUGCCAGCAGCGUGGCCUGAAAUCUCGGCAUUAUAGGGAACACUCGUCGUAUCGUAUCGUACUGAGACAUUUUGAGAUCCGUAUCGUAUCCCAUCUCCCCAUAUCGUCUCCGUUUCCACCGCCAUGUCCGGUCGCGCAAAUCGCGCCUCCGCGGAUCCCCCCAAGAUCCCCGACAGCCUUCUCAAGGCGCUUCACCGCGUCCCCUCCGCCGAAACCGGCGGAGCUCCCCCUUCGGCCUCUCCCGCCCCGCCCGCGGAAAGCGCAGGCGGGUCAGCGAAGCCGGGGGGAGGCGGCGCGGCACUAACGAAGCAGCCGACUCCUAAGAAGACUUCCCUCGACCGCAAGCCGUCCGCCGCACGCGCAGAUUCUGCCACCGCUUCCGCCGCUGUCUCCGCAGCUGGAGCUUCCGCCGCUGCCCCUUCUUCCGUCGCACCCGCUCCAGCUCCGCCGUCCGCCUCCCUAGCUUCCGCUGCGGGAGGCGAAGGCGGGGAGAGAGGUUUGGGCGGAGAGGCAGCAGCGGCGGCGGCGGUAGCAGCAGGAAAGGUUGCAGAAGGGGCGGCAGUGUCAGGUGAUGAGAGUCAUUUCCCAGUCCAUGUGGCAGGGACAGAGGGAGCGGUGAAAGAAGGGACGCAUGCAGCAGCAGCAGCAGCAGCAGCAGCAGCAGCAGCAGCAGCAGCAGCAGCAGCAGCAGCAGCAGCAGCAGCAGCAGCAGCAGCAGCAGCAGCAGCAGCAGCAGCAGCAGCAGCAGCAGCAGCAGCAGCAGCAGCAGCAGCAGCAGCAGCAGCAGCAGGGGGUGCAGCAGCAGGCGUAGGAGGGGCGGCAGGCGCAGGAGUUGCUGCAGAGACAGCAGUAACUGAACUGGCAGCAGCUGCAGAUGCAGCAGCCGCAUCUGCAGGUGCAGGAGGAGAUGCAGGAGGCGGAACAGCAGCAGCAGCAGCAGCAGCAGCAGCAGCAGCAGCAGCAGCAGCAGCAGCAGCAGCAGCAGCAGCAGAGGGAGUUCCCACGCCACCUAGUCAACCUGCAACCACCUCGCGUACAAAGGCAGGUACAAAACCUUCUGCCACUGCGGCAGCAACUGCUGCCGCUGGCGCGGCAACAUCAGCGGCAGUGGCAACGACGGCAGGGGCGGCGAUAGGCAUUGCCGCCAGCAGCAACAACCGUAACAGCAACAGCAACAGCAACAGAGGUAUUGGUGCCAGUGGUGGUGCUGGUGCCAGUGGUGGCAGCGGUGGCAGCAGCGGCAUAGUGACGGGGCGAGCCAGCGACAAGGAGGCGCUGGUGAACAUUCACGAGCCGUUCCUGCCUCCCGCGCGCCCCAGGCGGAAAGGCCCCACCUGUCGCACCGUGCUCUUUGUUUUCCUCGGCCUCUUCUCCCUCGCCAUUCUUGCAGGGCUCGUUGUGGGUAUUCUGGUUAAAACGGGAGUGAUCAAAUCGGGCGGGGACAGCAGUGGCGGCAGCGGUAGCAGCGGUGACACCAACAGCAGCAGCAGCAGCAGUGGUGGGAGUGCUUCUCCUCAGGACGUGUCUGUGAUGACGGCGUCGGGUAUUGAACCCGGGGCUCUGCUGGGCGGGGUGUGUGAUUCUUCCCGGCCUCCUGUUAUCCCCCCUGGUGCGGCCACCAUGCCGUCUGUGUGGUGGACUACUAGCCUGAGGAACAACAGCAAGGUCAUGCUCUUCUCCCAGGGAGCCAAGCGAUGGCUAGGGCCGCCCACUGCCACCUCCUCCCGCCCCUCCUCUUCCUCCUCCGCGCUUGACUGGUCCACGCCAUGGGUAGCAGCACGUUCGACCUCCCUGCCUCUCAACCAAUCCCUCACCAUUCUCUUCACCUCCCCCACCACCUCCUCCUCCUCCUCCUCCACUCCCACCUUUGCCAUUCGAGCGCCUUCUGGUCGGUUCCUUGCAGCGUCUUCCCCCACCCAGAGAGCCACUUUCGCUGCCACUGCUGCUGCCAUUUCUGAAGCGGCUGCCUUUAUUUCUGAGCCAGCCCCGGGCGACCCCUCCUCUCUCCUCAUCCGCCUCGCAUCUCCAUCCGGCUCCUAUCUCACCGUCUCCUCCCCGCCCUCCUCCCUCCUCGCGCUCCACCCCGCGGGUUCCCUCCCCUCUCAACCCUCCUAUUUCCGACUGCGGGAGGGCAUGGAGGUGGCAGCAGCAAGAGGCGUGAACCUGGGCGGGUGGCUGGUGGGGGAGGAGUGGAUGGCCCCGGGGCUGUUUGAGGGGGUGCCGGAGGUGGUGGAUGGGAUGCUGGUGCAGCUGCAGGCGAAGCAGUCGGGGAAGUACGUGACUCUGUGGAACAGCACCACAGGAGAGAUCAGAGCAUCGGCCUCUUCUCCGUCCUCCUCCGAGACCUUCUUCCUGCGCCUCGCACCCGGCCCCGCCUCCUCCCCUCCUCUCUCCCUCUCCUCCCCCUCGCGCUCGCCCUCCAACGUCUCCCUUUACAUCCGUGCCUCCAACGGCCGCUUCCUCUCUGUCCCCUCCUCCUCCUCAUCCUCCUCCUCCUCCUCUGCUGCUGCUGGCACUGUGGUUGGUGCCAAGGCCGUAUAUCCAGGACCUCCGGGCCCUGGGGAACAGUCAGGGAGUGGGAUUGGGGUGGGCAGCAGCGGCACCAGUGGCGGCAGCGGCAGCAGCAGCAGCAGCAGCAGCAGCAGCGGUGGAUGGUCGUCUUUUCUGGUUGUUUUCGCCCCUGGCAGCAACACAACUGCUGCCAUCGCCAUCAACAAAACCAGCAGCAGCAGCAGCAGCACACUGUAUCUCCUCCGUGUGCUCUCCAACGCCUCUCUCGUCGCUGACACCCCCAUCCCCGUCUCCCAACUCUCCUCCCCCGCCUCCCCUCUCUGGUCCUCCUCCUCACCAUCCUGCCCCUCCUGCCUCUUCUCCUUCCUCCCGCAAUCCCGCCUCAAAGGCGAGUGGCAGCUGUCCCAGGGUCUCCGACUAACCCAGGGGGAUGCAGAAGCAGAGGCGAGAGUGGUGGAGCAUAGGAGUGGGUUUGUAACGGAGGAGGACUUUGCGUAUUUAUCCCGGCAGGGGGUGGACACAGUGCGCGUGCCCGUGGGGUACUGGACGGUGUAUGGGGAGGGGGUUGGGGGGAGCGGUGACACGCCGUUUGUUGGAGGGGGGCUCAUGAUGCUGGACCAGAUGUUCGACUGGGCAGAGAAGCACGGCGUGCGGGUGCUCUUCUCGCUGCACGGAGCACACGGGUCGCAGAACGGGCUGGAUCACAGCGGCAGCCAGGACGGGUUCGGGGAGUUUGGGCGCCCCGACUCCGCCUUCCACGUCACCGCCACGCUCAACACCAUCCAGCUGCUCGCCAAGCGCUACUCUGCCCGCCCGUCGUUCCUGGGCAUGGGGGUGCUGAAUGAGCCCACGAGCAGCUGGGUGGACGCGGCCACCCUCACCUCCUUCUACCUCCGUGCGUACUCCACCGUGCGCGCCACCUCGCCCUGCGCAUACGUGGGCAUCUCCACCUAUGCCGACACAGACAGCCCUUUCCUCAAGGGCCUAAUGACAGGCGAUGCCCACACAAACGUGCUGGUGGACCUGCACGUGUACAGCGUGCAUGCGGACAAGCUCAGGCAGAUGUCCCUGGAGCAGAACCUGCAGUUCCUCAAGCUCAACCGGUCAGCAGAGAUCAAGCAGUACCAGGAGGGCAAUCGGCUGGCUAUGGUGGGGGAGUGGUCCCUCGCCCUACCAACCGACAACAACCCCGACGACGAUGUGCGGAGGUUUGCGGAGACGCAGCGGGAGGUGUUUGGGGCAGCGCGGGGCGGGUGGUAUUUCUGGUCGCUGAAGCUCAACCGCACGGACGACUACCCCAACUGGAGCUUCCGGUCCAGCGUGGGGCGGGGCUGGCUCAAGAACGGCACGAGUGGUGUCUGGUGAGGUGAAGGGGUUGUGUGAGACGUUUGUAGAGGCGCCUCAAAAGCACUCCUGGUCGGCCAAGCUCACUGCACGGACGGACGACUACCCCAAGUGGAGCUUCCGGUCCAGUGGGCGCAGGCUGGCUCACCACCGGCACCAGCGGCGUGUGUGGUGGUGUUUGGUGAAAGAGCUGCGAGGGAUAUCAUACGAUCAUACCGCGCUUUAGGUAAUCGUACAAGUGGUAUGAAAAGUGUGUGCGGCAGAGAGCACCCCUUCUGCCAUCACUCCAGUCCGGCCCCUUCCAAGUUUUGUGGGCUGAGCCUGAUUGCCAUAGCUAGGGUAUCCCCAGGAACAGAAUAUUGCUACCGUAAUUUCCUGUAUAUAACACCCGCCGAAAUAGUCACUCCGUGGGUGGUUAAUACGGGGGGGAGCUUAUGAUACGGUGCAUUUUUUUAGAGCACCCGUUUUUCUGGCAUUGAAAUUUACAUAACACCACCCUCGUUUUAUUCGUUUUAAAACUGAAU